AUGCAAAGGGCGCAUGGGCAGCUGGAAGCUGCAGCGGCGAUGUUGGGCCGCCCUCCAAGGAAGGUCACUUUGAGGGAGUUCCUGCUGGACUCCACCUUCGUGCCGCCGUUGGUGGAGUACACGUCGGAAGAGACCGACGGUGUUCACCGUGCGAGAGUGGCCAUCGCUGGAACGGCAUAUGCAGGUGCACCAGCAUCCUCGCGAGAGGAGGCAAAGCUAAGUGCUGCUCUGGUGGCGCUACGUUCCCUGCGAGCGGAAAGUCGCACCGAGGAGAAGAAGGGACCCCGCGAAUCAAUCUUCCAUGUGCCGCGUGGGCAAAACCUCCGGGCGACUACAAAGAGAGUUGCCGGGGGGAAACAUCAAUCCAAUUUGAAAUGGAUUCAACAGAACAGCGGAGCAGAGGUUUCGCUCCUUGGUGGGCCAGGCACUGGCAAGCCGCUCAAGGUGAAAGUUUCGGGAGAGGCGAGCAGCUGCGAAAUCGCUGCCUCCAUGGUCCGCGACCUUCUGGCGUUGCUGCCUGCCAAUGUGCAGACGGGCCGCCAGCCGCGACGGAAAUCUCCCCGAGGAUUUGCUCCGAUGUGA